AUGACGCGCGUGGCGGCCGUCCAGGCGACGCCGGUGACCUACGACUUGCACAAAAGCCUGCAUAAGCUGCGCAGCCUGGCGUUCGCGGCUCGCGAGAACGGCGCCGAGCUCGUUGUCUUCCCUGAGGCAUUCCUCUCCGCGUACCCCCGCCACCUGAAUUUCAGUGUGGGAAGCCGCAGCCCCGAAGCGCGAGAGUGGUUUGGGCGCUACGUCCGCUCGAGCGUCAAGGUUCCGCAUGGCGCUGAGGGCCGUGACUGGCUUAGUAGCAGUACAGAACAGCCGCCAGGCGCCGAGUACUACGCGUUCCAGCAGCUCGCGCAGAUCGCGCGCAAGUACACCCUCUACCUGAGCGUCGGAGUCGUCGAGUGCGCCAACGUCGGGAGCACGCUGUGGUGCACUAACCUCCUCUUCGGGCCCACGGGUAUUCUCCUGUCCAAGCACCGCAAGAUCCAGCCGACGGCUGCGGAACGUGUGGUAUGGGCGCAAGGAGAGGCGCGCAACCCCGCAGGGGCGAAGCGGGACGCAGACGGCGAGCCGAAGGAGGACACGGACAACCUCCCCGUCGUAGAGACGGCGGUGGGCCGGAUCGGUGCGCUCAUCUGUUGGGAGAAUUACAUGCCCCUCGCGCGCUACCUCAUGUACAAGAAGGGUGUGGAGGUGUACCUCGCCCCCACGGCGGAUGGGCGCCCGACAUGGCUGCCCACGAUGCAGCACAUUGCGAUGGAGGGCCGCUGCUUCGUCGUCACGGCGAACCAGUAUCAUGCCGCAUCGGAUUUCCCGCACGACUACCCGCCCCUGCGGGACGAGGGCAGAGGAGAUGCCAAGCUCCCCGAGAUCUGGAGCCGGGGCGGGAGCGCGAUCGUCGGCCCGCUCGGCGACGUGCUCGCCGGCCCGUUGUGGGACAAGGAGGGUAUUCUCUACGCCGAUGUGAGUGGGGCGUUAGGCGCGCUAAUCCAGAUCGACACGAACCAGCUCGAUGGCGCCAAGCUCGACUUCGACCCCAUCGGGCACUAUGCCCGCGAGGGCCUGCUGCUUGGCCUGCUGAACGAUGCGGGGCAGCAAUAG